GCAUGUAGCUGAAUCAUCAUUCAUUCAUUCAUAUUCAUUGAUAGAGACAGACAAUAAUGGGAGAAGAAGAGGAUGCAGCUCCAUUCACUCGCAGCAGUUACAAACAAACACUCAUCGAUCAAAUCUCCGGUAACCUCAUCGCCGGAGAUCUCACCGUCAAAAUUCACGCCGCCAGAGAGAUUCGGAGCCUCAUUCGCCACCACAAUUCCUCCCAUCAAAUCCGCGCCAAAUUCGCAUCCGCCGGAGUUAUUCAGCCGCUCGUUCUCAUGCUGUAUUCCAGAAAUCAUGACGCUCGUCAUGCUUCGUUGCUUGCGGUUCUCAAUCUCGCUUCUAGAAACGAACGAAACAAGGAGCAAAUAGUGACAAGUGGCGCGAUCCCUCCGCUCGUGGACCUUCUCAACUCACAUACCAACACCACCUUGCGAGAACUAGCCACUGCCGCAAUAUUGACUUUGUCAACGGCCCAACCUAACAAACAAACCAUCAUAAACUCCGGUGUCAUACCACUACUAGUUCAAAUCCUCAGUUGUGGGACCGUUCAAGCAAGAGUCGAUGCUGUCACCGCCCUUUAUAACCUAACAACCUCAAAACAACAACCAACCGUAACCCCUGACGCUAAAGCAAUCCCUCCUCUCAUCAACCUCCUUAAAGAAUGCAAAAAAUCCUCAAAGUUCGCUGAAAAAACAACGUUUCUAAUUAAAAUUGUUUUAAAGUCCGAAGAAGGUAGAUUAACAAUCACAAACACUGUAGAUGGGAUACUAACGUUGGUGGAAACGAUUGAAGACGGGUCGUUAAUUAGCACUGAACAUGCGGUUAGUGCUUUACUUACAUUGUGUUUAAGCUGCAGAAGUAAAUAUAGGGAACUUAUACUGAACCAAGGUGCGAUUCCUGGGCUGUUACAGUUAACUGCGUAUGGAACCGAUCAAGGCCAGGAUAUGGCUAGGGCCCUGUUGGACUUGCUUAGGGACUCGCAUCCAGAAAAGAGACCGAGUUCAAUGGUUGUUGAAAAGAUGGUUCAUGAUAUUGCGGCUAGAGUUGAUGGCCUAGAAAAUACUGGAAAAUGAUUAGUGCAAGAUUUGGUUCAAAGAAGCGCGAGUAAAAUUCAGAACCCGACUUGAAUGCUUGAUUAGUUGUUUUGACUCAUAGUUAGAAAUUGCGCGUUUUCAUCUAAGCUCAGUCUAACCCGUUGUCCAACUCGACUUUGUGUUUUGCCACUUCUAGAUUGAAGUAUGGCAGAUGGGAAAUUUCAUAACUACAAAUGUUUAGCAUGAGUUCAAUGAUGAUUUGACCUUUAUACAUGAGGAAAAUGAGCACUGCACGGAUUUUAAGUGCAACAAAAGCAAAAUGGAGGGGUUCAUUUGUAAAUAUUUUAAAUUUGGAGGACUGAAUUGUAAAUUCUUAAUUUUUUAUUGGCUGAUGAUGGUGAGUAAGUUUUUUUUUUUCUAAAUAAUCAAAACUAUGGAUUGUAAUAAGGUUAGAAUGAUAAUUAUAAAAGUGACAAUUUCAAUCA